CAAAUUCAUAGAAUUUUUCUUAAAUUAAUUAUUUCUAUUAAAAAUUAAAAAAAAUUAAAAUUAUUUAAAAUGAGAUCAAUCAUCAAUUAUAUAAAUAUAUUAAUUUAUCAAACAUUAAAAAAAAUCAAAUAAAUAUUCUUUAGAUUUAGUUAACCUAGAUAUAAAAAAAUGAGUACUUCUGAAGAAGAAAUUAAGUAAGAACCUCCAAAAACCAAGAAGGAACAUUCAUACACUUACUGGGUCGAUAAGGAAAAGCAGAAUAACCCAAAUAUUGUCUAAAAAGAACCCAAAAAAAUUGAUCCUACUCAAAUCCAAUAAAAUUAAUCAAAGCACGUGUCUUAAUGGAACUAGAUAGGUACUUGGGAAGAGAAAAAGAUAGAGCUAUCUUAAGUAAAAGAAAUAUUAGAAAAGGGAUUCAAAGAAAGCCCAGUUCAAAGUGUUGACUAGCGUAUUGAAUUCUACAAUAUUUCUAAACUUGAAGGAGAUGUUUCUAUUGUAACUGUAAGAGGCAAGAAGAAACCAGGAUACCACCUUAAGUUAAAUGUUAAAUAUAGAGGUAUUGGUGAUUACAAGGGUGCAAAAGGUGUAUUUAAAUAUACUAGCUUUAGCGAUGAUGGAGAUAGAGAUUUUGAAGUUGAAGGUGCUGGAGAGAACCACAAAGAAAUUUGUAAGAAAUCUGCAUAAGACUCUUCCGAUUUACUUGAAUAGCACAUUUUAAAGCUCUUUUAGCUCAUUCAUGAAUGA